AUGGAUGUGGAAGAUAAAUUUAUUGGUAAAGUUUCUGGCAUUCGAAGUCUGUCUUCCAGUGUGCAAAGCACUCCAGAGAAAAAUGGUCCCUGUGAUGAUGCUUCAAGAAGUCUGAAGUUGCCUCCGGAGUUAAUAAAGUCUGGUGCAAAAAAGGAUCUAUUGCAUACAUGCUUUGAUAAAGAAAAGAAACAAUCAGCCUCAUCAAAGUGCAAAAUGUCUGAACCAGUUGCAAAGACAAGCAAAAAAUCAUCGAGAAACCAUGAUCAAAAGAAAGCCAGUGCAAGUCCUAAGGACCAACCUGCAAAAAAGCAGAGCAGAAAGGCUGAGAAUCCUGUUCGCAUUCCCCCCACUACUGAGCAGUGUUCCGAUUUUAAAUGCUCAAAUUCAUGGAUGUGUAAGAAUUCUGCAUGUCGUGCCACAAUUCCCGUGGAAGACACUUUUUGCAGGCGGUGCUCAUGCUGCAUUUGCCACUCGUUUGAUGACAAUAAAGAUCCCAGCCUUUGGUUAGAAUGUGCCUCUGAAUCUGGCCAGGGUGACCACUGUGGUUUAUCUUGUCACAUUGAGUGUGCUCUCCAACGUGGAAAGGUGGGUGUAGUUGAUCUUGGACAACUGAUGCAACUAGAUGGAAGCUACUGCUGUGCUGCAUGUGGCAAAGUUUCAGGCAUACUGGGGUACUGGAAGAAGCAACUUAGUGUAGCGAAGGAUGCUCGACGAGUGGAUGCCCUUUGUUAUAGGAUAUUUCUGAGUUACAGGCUCCUGGAUGGGACUUCCAGAUUUAAAGAACUUCAUGAAAUUGUUAAAGAAGCCAAGGCCAAGUUGGAAACAGAGGUGGGUCCUGUAAAUGGAGUUUCUGCCAAAAUGGCUAGAGGAAUUGUCAGCAGGCUUUCUAUUGCAGGCAAUGUCCAGACGCUAUGCUCCCUAGCCAUUGAAAAAGCUGACGAGUGGCUGGCCACAAAGUCUACUGCUGCUGCGGCUGGCAAAGAGGGUUCCCUACCUGCUGCUUGUCGAUUCCUCUUUGAGGAAGUAACAUCCAGUUCAGUUGUGAUACCAUGCACAGAAUAUUCAUUUCGUAUAGUAUCUUAUACAGAAGAGGGUGAUUUGGGACACUCUGAGGCAAAGUGUUUCAGCAAGAGCAGAGAAUUAAUUCACAAGAAUGUAAUAGCUGCUACUGAAAACCAUCGGAAGGAAAACCCAGAUUCUGGAGGAAGCUCUAGUGCAGAGGUGGAGUGUAGAACACCAACAGCUAUUGAAUCUGACUCUGGUUUUAAGGUCAGGGACCUGGGAAAGAUAUUAAGACUGGCUUGGGCUCAAGAGCAAGGCUGUUUUGAAGGUUUCUGUGGUGGAGAUGUUGCUAGAUGUUGUUCCAGUAGUAAGUGUGCCAAACGCGAGAGUUUACAAGAAGACCGACCAUCUGUUUCACGCGAGCUUGACUUAAAUGUUGCUUCAGUUCCUGAUUUAAAUGAAGAAUUGAUUCCUCCUGUUGAGUCAUCAAGAGAUGAAGACAAUGGAUGCACUUUGGUGCGAACUGUUGGGGCAGAUGAUGAUGCAGUCUCUCAUGAUGUCGACAAAAAUGGUGUGGCAAGAUCACAUGGUAGUGGGGACUCUCAUAACUGGAACAAUGUGCAGAAUGGGGAGGUGCCUGCUGUUGAUUCUAAGGCUGAAGCAAGUAGGAAAAGGCCAGCUAGCAUUAACGGAGAGACACACGAUUCUGAUAGUACUCUUAUAAAUGGAUCACCAUUUCGUGCUCGGAAUGGGUCAGCCAGUUUGGAAGAGAGUUUUGAGUACUGUGUUAAGAUCAUUCGGUGGCUAGAGUGUGAAGGUUACAUAGAAAAGGAGUUCAGAUUGAAAUUGCUUACUUGGUUCAGCCUGAGAUCAACAGAGCAAGAACGCAGGGUGGAAGAGGUCGUUAGUUUCAAAGAGAUGCCAGAUUAUGAUACUCAUAACCUUUGUGUUCAAAAGAAAGAUGUAACAGCUCCAGCAGAGAGGGAUGGAGGCUUGCAUGCAGUAUGUAGCUCUUCUCUGAAUCGAAGAAAUGUAAAAGCUCUGUGGGUUUCUUGUAGUCAUUCAAAUUUGAGUUCAACCGCUGCUAAUGCUGCCUCUGUUGAAGCUCAUUCAUCAGCAUUGUCAUCUCAAACAGCAGAGGCUGAUGUGUUGAAAGCCCUGUCACAAAUCAUUGAUCCUGAUUUUGGAACGGACAUUGUUUCAUGUGGUUUUGUCAAGGAUCUUCUGGUUAAUGAAACUUCUGGAGAGGUUUCAUUUCGGUUAGAGCUCACUACACCAGCAUGUCCGAUCAAGGACGUGUUUGAGAAGCAGUCUAAUGAGGUUGUUGCAGCACUUCCCUGGGUUAAAAAAGUUAAUGUCACAAUGUCUGCACAACCUGCAAAACCUGCUUAUGCUGGUCUACUUCCAGAAGGUCUGCAGACAAUAUCAAAUAUUAUAGCUGUUUCGAGUUGCAAGGGAGGUGUCGGAAAAUCGACUGUGGCAGUGAACUUGGCUUAUACAUUGGCUGGUAUGGGUGCUAGAGUCGGCCUCUUUGAUGCAGAUGUGUAUGGUCCCAGUUUGCCAACAAUGGUCUCCCCUGAAAAUCGGCUGCUAGAAAUGAAUCCGGAGAAGAAGACCAUCAUUCCAACUGACUACCUGGGUGUCAAGUUGGUAUCUUUUGGAUAUGCUGGUCAAGGGCGCGCAAUAAUGCGAGGUCCCAUGGUUUCUGGGGUCAUCAAUCAAUUGCUGACUACCACUGAAUGGGGUGAACUGGAUUAUCUUGUCAUUGACAUGCCUCCCGGAACAGGCGAUAUCCAGCUUACCCUAUGCCAGGUUGUUCCAUUGACAGCUGCUGUUAUUGUUACUACACCUCAGAAGCUAGCAUUCAUAGACGUUGCAAAGGGAGUUCGCAUGUUUUCAAAACUUAAGGUUCCUUGUGUUGCUGUGGUGGAGAAUAUGUGCCACUUCGAUGCUGAUGGGAAACGGUAUUAUCCAUUUGGGAGAGGCUCUGGCUCUCAGGUUGUUGAGCAGUUUGGAAUUCCUCAUUUGUUUGAUCUUCCCAUUCGACCAAGUCUUUCUGCUUCUGGAGACAGUGGGGUGCCUGAAGUAGUGUCUGACCCUCAAGGUGAAAUUGCAACCACAUUUCAAGACUUGGGUGUCUGCGUAGUACAACAGUGUGCCAAGAUCCGUCAACAAGUGUCGACUGCAGUAAGUUAUGUUAAAUCUAUGAAGGCUAUCAGGGUCAAGGUACCUGAUUCAGAUGUGGAAUUCUAUUUGCAUCCUGCUACUGUUAGACGAAAUGAUCGUUCUGCUCAAAGUGUGGAUGAAUGGACUGGUGAACAGAAGCUAAAAUACACUGAUAUUCCAGAUGACAUUGAACCGGAAGAAAUUCAGCCAAUGGGAAAUUAUGCUGUUUCAAUAACCUGGCCAGAUGGGUUUAGCCAGAUUGCUCCAUAUGACCAGCUACAAGAAAUGGAACGUUUGGUGGAUGUUCCUCAGCUUACUCAUUAA